AUAUUUAUAUCGUCUCCUCUUCUUCUUCUUCGAUUCUCACUUUUCAGCGUCUGACCAAAUUCUCCGUGUUUCCUUCUCCUUCAGGUAAUAUUUUAACAAUUUGCUUAGUACCAUGGGAUCUGUUGAUGCUGCUAAUGGAAGUGCAAGUGGGAAGAAACCUACAGUUAUUUUUGUCCUUGGUGGACCGGGAAGUGGAAAAGGUACUCAGUGUGCCUAUAUUGUUGAACAUUUUGGCUACACACAUCUGAGUGCUGGAGAUCUUCUUAGGGCUGAGAUUAAAUCAGGUUCUGCAAAUGGAACUAUGAUUCAGAAUAUGAUUAAAGAGGGGAAGAUUGUACCGUCCGAGGUGACAAUCAAGCUUUUACAGAAAGCUAUUCAGGAAAACGGGAAUGACAAAUUCCUCAUUGAUGGUUUCCCUCGCAAUGAGGAAAACCGAGCAGCAUUUGAAAAAGUUACUGAGAUUGAACCGAAGUUUGUCUUGUUCUUCGAUUGUCCUGAGGAAGAGAUGGAGAAACGCCUGUUGGGCCGAAACCAGGGGAGAGAGGAUGACAAUAUUGAGACUAUAAGGAAGCGUUUUAAGGUGUUUCUCGAAUCUAGCUUACCAGUGAUUCAGUACUAUGAAGCUAAGGGGAAAGUUAGGAAGAUUAAUGCCGCAAAGCCCAUUGAAGCUGUAUUCGAGGAGGUGAAGGAAAUUUUUUCUCCUGAAGUUGAGAAGGUUGAAGCCUAGGCUGCUGCAACGAAAAAGAGAUACCGAAAACCCGAUAAAUUGAUCAGGUAGAGCUGGGCGUUGCAUAUUUCU